CACUCGUCGAAGAAGUUCAACUCCCGGGACACCCGUUCCCAUGAGUAAGACGGGAUUCUUAAUAAAUGCGUUGAAGUGGUGUCACAUUUGUUAAUUCAAAAGAGUAUCGUGUAUCAAAAUAAUAACAAUGUGGAAGCUGUUGGGGUGCGUCACAUUAGUGGCAGCGCUCUCGAUGUGCCAGGUCUAUGGGAAAACUAAGAGAGCCAUAAAUGGUGAUUCAGGAGCGCAAGCUUCAUUUGAGGGAUAUGUUUACAAACCCCCCCAGAAACCCUUCCCUCUACCACCCGUGCGGCAGCAGACAACCCCUCCCCCCAAUAGGCCACUGAUCACUCAGCCUACCCAAACUCGGCCUCCAGUAAGUCAACCUCCAUACAGACCUCCAGUGACUCAGCCACCGUACAGGCCUCCAGUAACUCAACCUCCAUAUAGACCUCCAGUGACUCAGCCACCGCACCGGCCUCCAGUAACACAACCACCUAAACCGCCAGGAUACUCAUAUCCUAAACCAAGUGAAACAUUUCCAACUCCAACUAGAGUGCCUCCGCCAACGACUCCGAGGUCGACUACACCAAGACCUACAACGCCAAAGUUACGUUUAUCAACGCAACCGCCUCAGCAACCGGGAUAUUCAUAUCCAAAACCGAGUGAGAGCUUUCCGCCUACAACAAGAAUUCCUGUAACUCAACCACCAUAUAGGCCUCCAGUGACGCAGCCUCCCUAUAAACCUCCAGUAACUCAGCCACCAAAACAACCUGGCUACUCAUACCCAAAACCGAGUGAAACCUUUCCACCUUCAACAAGAGUUCCCUCACCAACUACGACUCGGCCAACUACACAAAGGCCUACGACUUCAAGACCACCUCCUCCAACCCAGCUACCUACAACUCCAAGACCGCGUCCCUCAACACAACCGCCUGGAUAUUCAUAUCCAAAGCCGUCUCCAACAUUCCCACUUCCUUCCAAGGUUCCACCACCAUUGCCGGUUCAACCGACAACGCCGAAGACAAUCCAGACCAGUCCACCAUACAAUUAUCCCAAACCAGUGCAGCCCUUCCGACCUACAGGAAGACCGCCAAUCAAGGAUUCACCCCAAUAUACUGCUCCAUCGCGUCCACAGCCUGUUCCUACGAGACCACCUCCCAUUAGACCCCCAUCUUCCUCUGAAUAUCUUCCUCCAGUGAGAACCACUCCACGUUCACAAACUGUUCCAACCAGAGCUCCCCCUGUUCAACCUCGAGUUACUCAGCCACCUCCAACAAGGUCUCCUCCUACUAAACCACCAACCACAACUUCGCCAGAAUAUCUUCCUCCUAUACGAACCACUCCACGGUCACAACCUGUUCCAACUAGACCCCCACCUACUAGGCCACCAACAACCACAUCACCCGAAUAUCUUCCUCCCGCGAGAACUACUCCACGUCCACAACCUAUCCCAACCAGACCUCCCCCUACUAGACUUCCAUCCCCAUCAUCACCGGAAUACCUUCCUCCCGUUCGAACAACACCACGUCCAAAACCUAUCCCAACCAGACCACCUUCUACUAAACCUCCAUCCACUAGACCAACAACGUCAUCACCUGAAUACCUUCCGCCCCCUACGAAACCACACUUCGAUACCCCAAAAACAAAUCCACCGAAAUACCUUCCCCCUAUUGAAGCUACGACAAGACGACCACCACCACCGCCACCACCCACAAGACCACCUCCACCCCCCACCGCUCCACCAACUUAUCUUCCUCCUCAAACAACCGCACGUCCACUCCCUCCUGUAACGUCACCCCCUGUACAACCUCAAACCAGACCACCCCCAUAUCUUCCACCAUCCUCUCCAAGACCAACCUAUCAAACUGUCCGUCCUCCUCCAUUCCCAACCGCAAUCUACAGCAUCACUCCAAGCACAUCAACCUACCGUCCACCCCCUACUGGUAGACCCGGACCACCUCCCACCCUCCCGCCAGCAACAUCUAGACCAGUUGGAUACAACUAUGCAAUUCCGGAAAUCGCCUUUGAUUUUCGUAAACGCUAAGAAGUACAUUUAUGUUAAUAAUAAAAGAAAAAUCAUGCAAAUGAGUAGAAGAAAAUAAUUCAUUUUAUUGUUUCAAACUGAUGGAAUUCAUAAUUACGGACGUAAAUCAUCUUGAAAAUUCUCGGUUCUGUACUCAAUGCCUGAAAAUAAAGUACUAAUUCGUGUACUCAUACAAGACGAGGGAAACAACUCUAUCAAGAUAGAAUUUCCCCUAUGAAUUAAAAUAAAAAACAUUUUUUUUAACACA